AUGUAUGUGAAAUGCUUUGAUAUAGUAAUGUUAUACUAUGUGAUUUUAGUGAAUUUAGUGAAUGUCACUUUUUGUAAUUUUCAAAUUUCCCGCCGGUUGCAGAAGACAGAUGCCGGCAUCUACCGGAGGACAUUGCCGGGGACACUGCAGGAGGGACAUUGCAGGAGCGCAGGACAAGGUAAGAGAAGAACAGAUCCCGGAGCAGCGCCGCAUGGUAAGCCCGAGUGUAGCUCGGGGUUACCGCUUUUGCUACACUCGGGAAUACCGCCAGGGAGGUUA